UUUGCCAAAAGGUCAACCUCCCAGCUAGCACAGCAGAAGGAUAUAUAUAGACGGAUAGCUGUACGCGACACCAUUCUUCUUACAUUUUUCUUCCCUAGGGCCUGUUAUCGGAUCCAUCGAAGCCACCAAUUCUUUUCACAUUUUUUACGUGAAAGAACGAGAAGUUGAGACAGAUAUUUUCAGAAAACACCAUCUCUAUCCAACAUAGCCAAAUAGUUGCUCGCCGACCAUGUCAGGCUUCGAGGUUAUGGGGCUGAUUUCGGCCACUAUCUCCUGCAUCGACGCUUCAGCACAACUGUACACCGCCAUCCAGAAUACUAGCCACCUUCCUGGAGCAUUUAAAGAUGCAGCACAGCGCCUGCCGCUUGUUAAAGACACGCUCGUAACCAUUGAAACGCGCCUUAACAAAACCGGAUUGGAUAAGAUCGCCAACGAAUCUAUCAGUAUCGUCAUUAAGGGUUGCAAGGAGAAAGCCGAGCGCCUUGCUGACAUUCUAGAGCAAGUUGCCGCCCAGUCUGAGGCUACACGUAUCGAGAAAUAUCGCCUUGCUGUGCGCCGACUCGGCAAAGAGAACACAGUGGAGGUACUCAUGACGGGUCUAUUGGAGGAUGUUCACUUGCUAGCAGCUCACGAUGCUGUGAGAGCUGUCGGAGACGACAAAAUGGACGAGCUGAUGGCUGCUAUCAAAGAGUUGUCCAGGGUGCCACCCUCUGCUCCCGCUGGACCGGUGUUCACAUAUCAGGGAGUUGGUGACCAGAUGAAUAAUACUGGCAGUGGGACGCAGAAUAUCAACAAGGGAGCCGGCCAAAUGAAUUCUGCAGGCACUAUCUAUGUUGGGUUAUCCUCCUCACUAGCAUACUGAGUUCUGAGAAUGACGUUGGUUGGAAUGCAGCGCGCAAGUUUUCGCCAUAUCGGACGAAGCGUCGCGUAUCGGCUUCUGAGAAAUUCGUUUCUUGGCCAAGAGUUUUAUUUCUGUGUCCUUCAACUCUUCUAGAGCAUCAGCUUCUGUGAAAUACUAUCUUAUGCUCUCACAACACCCC